AUGGACGUUCCUGAGCCCGAGCAGUCUCCGUUCACCGCGGUCACGGCGCAGACGUCGAAACUUGCCAGACAAUACCAAACCUACCUCGAUGCUUCGACGCCUUUCACGGUCUAUCGCUGGGUCGGCACGGCCCUCCUGCUCGUCAUCUUCUUUUUGAGAAUUGUCCUGGCUCAGGGCUGGUACAUCGUCGCAUACACUCUAGGCAUCUACCUGCUCAACCUCUUCCUUCUCUUCCUGCAGCCCAAGUUUGACCCGUCGCUCACGCAAGACGAGGGCCUUGAAGACGGUGACGCUGCCGCCAGCUUGCCCACCAAGCAAGACGACGAGUUCCGGCCCUUCAUCCGUCGCCUCCCCGAGUUCAAGUUCUGGCACUCGGCCACCCGUGCCAUCGCCAUUGGCUUCCUGUGCUCGUGGUUCACCUUCUUCGAUAUUCCCGUCUUCUGGCCUGUCUUGGUCGUCUACUGGAUUAUCCUGUUUGUCUUGACGAUGCGACGCCAGAUCCAGCAUAUGAUCAAGUACCGCUACGUGCCUUUCUCCUUCGGAAAGACGCGCUACGGCCGUUCAUAA